ACAUCGCCAUUAUCCUAACCCAGUGUAUGUAGCUCACAGACUCCAGGGACAAAACCUCUGCCGCGCUCUGAACCUGCUCAGGUCCUUGCUACUUUGAGGAGGCCCCGGGACAAGCUGUAAGCUGGAAAUGGAUUCUGUGACCUUUGAGGACGUGACUGUAAAGUUCAGUGUGGAAGAGUGGACACUGCUGAGUCCUUCUCAGAAGGAGCUCUACAGAGAUGUGAUGCAGGAGACCUUCAGGAACCUGGCUUCCAUAGGAAUGGAACCAGAAGACCAGAACUUUGAAAAUGACUACAGAAGCUCCCAGAGAAAUCCAAAAAGUCAAAAGGGACAAGGUCUGUGCGAACAUAAUGAAGAUGGUCAAUGUGUAGAAAACAGCUGGAUUUUAGAUCUUGCUGUAUAUAAAGAUACAGUCCUCAAUGGCCAUUCAUCCUUAAAUGUGCCUUUCACAGUUCAAAAUGGGCACACACCGUGUGGAUAUCAGAAGUGUACAAGGCAUCCAUAUGAAUGUAAGGAGUGUAGAAACAACUCUAGCUUUCCCCAGUGCCUUCUGAUGCAUGCCAGAUCUCAAACUGAAGAAAAGCCUUAUGAAAGUGAGAAAUGCGGAAAAACUUUUAGUGUUAAUUCCUUCCAGAUCCAUGAAAGAAUCCAUGCUUCAAAGAAAGCAGCUGUGUGCAAACAGUAUAGGAAAGAAUCCAGGAACGAUGCGGAUAUCAAAAGACAAAUGAUAGCACACAAGGAUGAUGGCCCAUGUAAGCGUAAGAAAUGUACUGAGGACAUUCCUUAUUCAACUUCACUUUUUAUGCAUUCAAGUUCUCAUAUUGGAGAGCGGCUGUACGUAUGUAAACAAUGUGGUAAGGACUUCCCCAACCCUGCUUGUCUUAAAUGCCGUGAGAAGAUGCACUAUGAAGAGAGACCAUAUGCUUGUAAGUACUGUGAGAAAACAUUUACUCGUUCUGGUUCCUUGAGGUGUCACGAAAGGAUUCAUACUGGAGAGAAACCAUACGCGUGUAAACAAUGUCGGAAAGCCUUCACUACACACACUUCCCUCCGAUGCCAUGAGAAGAUUCACACUGGAGAAAAACCUUAUGAAUGCAAGCAAUGUGGAAAGUCUUUCAUGUUGUACAGAUAUUUGCAAAGACAUGAACGAAUUCACAGUGGACAGAAACCCUAUGAAUGUAAGCAAUGUGGUAAAGCCUUUUAUGUUCACAGCAUUCUUCGAUAUCAUGAAAGGAUCCACAGUGGAGAGAAACCCUAUGAUUGUAAGCAUUGUGGGAAAGCCUUCACUCAUUCCAAUUACUUGAGAUGCCAUGAAAGGAUUCACAGUGAAGAAAAGCCCUAUGUCUGUAAACAAUGUGGAAAGGCCUUCACUACACACAAUUCCCUUCAUCACCAUGAGAGGACUCACAUUGGAGAGAAACCCUAUGUAUGUAAGCAGUGUGGAAAAGCCUUCAGAACACAGAAUUCCCUUUAUCAUCAUGAAAGGACCCACACUGGAGAGAAACCCUAUGAAUGCAAACAGUGUGGGAAAGCCUUCACCUUGUGCAGGUCCUUACAAAGACACGAACGAAUUCAUAGUGGGGAGAAAUCCUAUGGAUGUAAGCACUGUGGUAAACUCUUUUCAUGUUUGAGUGAGGUUCAAAGGCAUGAACAGACUCACACUGGAAUAAAGUCUUACAUAUGUAAACAAUGUGGGAAAGCCUUCUCUAAAAAUAGUUACCUUCAAUACCAUGAAAAAAUUCACAGAGGAGAGAAACCCUGUGUAUGUAAGCAGUGUGGAAAAGUGUUCACUUUUUAUAGUUCUCUUCAGCGCCAUGAAAGAACUCACAAUGGAGAGAAACCUUAUGUAUGUAAGCCAUGUGGGAAAGCAUUUACUUUUUCUAGUUCCCUUCAACGUCACCAAAGGAUUCACAGUGGAGAGAAACCAUAUGUAUGUAGGCACUGUGGGAAAGCCUUCCCUGCUUUGAAUCAGGUUCAGAGACAUGAGCAAACACACAGUACAGUUAAACCCUUUGCAUGUAAUCAGUGUGGUAAAGCCUUUACUCUCCAUAGUUCCCUUCGGGACCAUGAGAGGGUCCAUAGUGGAGAGAAACCGUAUGUAUGCAAGCAAUGUGGUAAAGCCUUCACCUAUCACAGUUCCCUUUGGUACCAUGAAAAGAUUCACAGUGGAGAGAAACCUUAUAGAUGUAAGCAAUGUGAGAAAGCAUUCUUUCAGUGCAGUUCCUUGCAAAGACAUGAACGAAUUCACUCUGGAGUGAAGCCCUAACCCUGACCUAAGUUAUGGAGGCUUGCUCCAAGCCCAGUAAGGCCCGGUGAUAUGUGUCCCAUUUAGAUGCCUUGCAAAGAGGGCAAUCUGUAGCACAUUUAACAGGUAGCACCUCCUUUUAUGAAAGGGGGUCCCGAGAGGCCUCCUUUCAUUGUUGUGGAGCUGUGAAGGUGAGCCCCACGUUACAGCAGAGAUUCUAGGAGAUGCCCUGGCCUGAUGAGGAGGCAGGGAGUUGAACCAGUCUAGUGCUGUGGGUGCUGUGGGGCACAGAGAUGGAGGAGUGGAUUUAGACAAGGCUGAUGGAGCGCAGAUGAUAUCAAUAACUCCAGACGCUGACAGAGACCUUCAGGGCUUCUGGGCUUUGGCUUUGCUUUUACCUGCUAUAUUUUCAGUUCUCCAUUUUGGAAUGGAGAUGUUUAUUAUAUAUCAUUGGAUAUUGAGCUUUGUAACUUUUUUCUAUUAUUUUCUAAGGGUUCAGAGUUCUAAGAUUGCCUUGAGUCUAAGAAAAAAAAAUCCAAAACUUUGGACUUUGACCUAUUAAGCAGCAUUUAAAGUACUAAGACUGUGGUGAUUUUUGAAAAUGAAAUGGAUUAUUUUUGCUUUAUGAGAUGGCCACAAGCCUUUGAGGGCCAGGAAUAGACCAGUACGAUUAAAAAGAAGCCUCUGGGCAUCGGCUUCACAAGAGGGAGACUUGAUGAUAGCUAAUUUUUAUUGCCAGUCUGGCUGGAUUUAUGAUCACCUAAAGGAAAAACACUGGUGGCACAUCCAGAGAAAUCUAACUGAUGAGGGAGACCCACUUCGGAUUUCAUCAAUUGUGUCAUCUCAUGGCUUGGGGCCCGGACUGAAUACAAAUCGAGAAAGGUGAAAACUUAGAGACCACCAGCAUUUGCCUCCUAGCCCACCACCAUCCCUUCCUUGCUAAAAUGAACCAUUUUUCUUAACACUGAGAUAAAAUAAGCAUUUGUGUAAGUUGUUUUUGUCUGGUAUCCAAGAAAAGUAAUUUCUACACCUUGUGAAUACCAUCAAUAUGGGCAAACUGUUCCUAAUCAUAGUUUUCUUCAUCAUGAAAUGAUUUGUUCAUGGUCUAAAGAAACCACCUCUAUUAUGCAAAAACUAUACAAGAAGGCCUUCUAGCCUUUGAAUUUGUUUGAUUAAACUCACGCUGGAGAAAAUCAUGUGGGCACAAGGCAUAUCUGUCUUGCUGUGAUUUCUUUAAAUUAUGUAUAAACAGCCACACUUGAAGGUAUCCUUCAGUGUAGAGUGUGGGACGGUCCCAUUCUUACGAGUUCACUCUAGCAAACUUGACAAUGGUCAACUAGGAAAACGUGUAUUAGUGUAACCUGUGGAGGGACAUCUCUAUUUAUCUCAAUUCAGAAAUUUGAAAGAAUAGGUCUGGUGGGACGGGUCAGUGAGGAAAGGUCUUUGCUGCCAAGCUCAAUGACAUGGGUUGAUUCUUAGGGAGAGAACCAACUCUUGCAAGUUGCCCUCUGACCUCCACACAUACAGUGUGGCAUGCACAUCCCUCCCCUUUCCGCAUACCUUUAAAAUAGCACGCUAUGAUUGGGAGCUGUGCACUAGAAUACUGUAACAGCAGUCUUCAACCGGUCCACAUGUUUGCAUACAUGCUGGAUCAAAUUCUUUUGGGAAUGGGACGAAGAAAACUUCGUUAUAAUAAAUGGUUUCAAAAUC